AUACCUUUAUAGCACUUCAUGGUAGCCCUUGGACCCCUCCACACCACGGUUCCACACAGCUCCUGAACCAUGGGAGAAAAUGAGGAUGAGAAACAGGCCCAGGCCAGCCAGGUCUUUGAGAACUUUGUGCAAGCCACCACGUGCAAAGGCACCCUCCAGGCCUUCAACAUCCUCACCUGCCUCCUGGACCUUGAUCCGCUGGACCAUAGAAACUUCUACUCACAGCUCAAGUCCAAGGUGAACACCUGGAAGGCCAAGGCCCUCUGGCACAAACUGGAUAAGCGUGGUGCCCACAAGGAGUACAAACGAGGGAAAGCCUGCAUGAACACCAAGUGUCUCAUUGUCGGAGGAGGACCAUGUGGCUUGCGCACUGCCAUUGAACUUGCCUACCUGGGAGCCAAAGUGGUUGUAGUGGAGAAGAGAGACACCUUUUCCCGGAACAACGUCCUGCACCUCUGGCCCUUCACCAUCCACGACCUGCGGGGCCUAGGAGCCAAGAAGUUCUAUGGGAAAUUCUGUGCCGGCUCCAUCGACCACAUCAGUAUUCGUCAACUUCAGCUCAUCCUGUUCAAGGUGGCCCUGAUGCUGGGAGUGGAAAUCCAUGUGAACGUGGAGUUCGUGAGGGUUCUAGAGCCUCCUGAAGACCAAGAAAAUCAAAAAGUCGGCUGGCGGGCAGAAUUCCUCCCUGCAGACCACGCCCUGUCUGACUUUGAGUUUGACGUCAUCGUUGGUGCCGACGGCAAUAGGAACACACUGGAAGGGUUCAGGAGGAAGGAGUUCCGGGGCAAGCUAGCCAUCGCCAUCACUGCCAACUUCAUAAAUAGAAACAGCACGGCUGAGGCCAAGGUGGAGGAGAUCAGCGGCGUGGCCUUCAUCUUCAACCAGAAGUUCUUUCAGGACCUCAAAGAAGAAACAGGGAUUGAUCUCGAGAACAUUGUUUACUACAAGGACUGUACCCACUACUUUGUCAUGACAGCCAAGAAGCAGAGCCUGCUGGACAAAGGCGUCAUCAUUAAUGACUACAUUGACACAGAGAUGCUCCUGUGCACAGAGAAUGUGAACCAGGAAAAACUGCUCUCCUAUGCCCGUGAAGCCGCAGAUUUUGCGACCAAUUACCAGCUGCCGUCCUUAGACUUUGCCAUAAAUCACAACGGGCAGCCUGAUGUGGCCAUGUUCGACUUCACCUCCAUGUAUGCCUCAGAGAACGCAGCCCUGAUGCGUGAGCGCCAGGCACACCAGCUGCUCGUGGCGCUUGUGGGUGACAGCUUGCUUGAGCCGUUUUGGCCUAUGGGCACAGGCUGUGCCCGGGGCUUCCUGGCAGCCUUUGACACGGCAUGGAUGGUGAAGAGCUGGGACCAGGGCACCUCUCCCCUGGAGGUGCUGGCUGAAAGAGAAAGUCUUUACCGGCUGUUACCUCAGACAACCCCAGAGAACAUCAACAAAAAUUUUGAACAAUACACAUUGGACCCAGCAACACGGUACCCAAACCUCAACUUGCACUGUGUCAGGCCUCACCAGGUGAAGCAUUUGUACAUCACUAAAGAACUGGACCGCUUCUCUCCCGAGAGAUGGGGCUCAGUGAGGAGAUCUGUUAGCCUCUCCAGGCGGGAGUCAGACAUCCGGCCUAACAAGCUCUUAACCUGGUGCCAGCAGCAGACCGAGGGUUACCAGCGCGUCCGUGUCACCGACCUGACCACAUCCUGGCGCAGUGGCCUGGCCCUGUGUGCCAUCAUCCACCGCUUCCGGCCAGAGCUGAUCAACUUUGACUCGCUGAAUGAAGAUGACGCUGUGGAGAACAAUCAGCUGGCAUUUGAUGUGGCCAAGCGUGAGUUUGGGAUCCUGCCUAUGACUACAGGCAAAGAGAUGGCGUCUACUGAGGAGCCCGACAAGCUCAGCAUGGUCAUGUACCUCUCCAAGUUCUAUGAGCUCUUCCGGGGCACUCCACUGAGACCCAUGGAUUCCUGGCGUAAAAACUAUAGAGAAAAUACUGACUUCGACUUGGGCAAAUCACUCAUUCCUAAUAACUAUCUCAACCUCACAUUUCCCAGGAAGAGGACCCCACGGGUAGACACCCAGACGGAGGAGAGCGACAUGAACAAGAGGAGGCGGCAGGGCGUCAACAACCUGGAAGAGCUGCCAGCUUUCUCCAGCCGUAGCUUGGGCUCCAGUCAAGAGUGUGCUAGAGAAGGCGGCAAUCAGAACAAAGUCAAGUCCAUGGCCAAUCAGUUGCUGGCCAAGUUUGAGGAGAACACACGGAACCCUGCAGCCCUGAAACAGGACUGCCACCGGGUCUCAGGCAUAGGUAAGCCUGUCUUAUACUCUGCCUCUCGCCCUCCUGCUACCCCUCACUGCUCCAAGCUGGAGGACUCCACUCCCAGGCUUCCACCUCCUCUGAAAAGGCAGUUCUCCUCUGUGGUGGCUACAGGACAGGUGCUCAGAGAACUCAAUCAAGUACCUGCUAGCGGCGAGAGCCCAAGCAGACCCUGGAGAGCCAGGGCCAAGUCAGACCUGCAACUGGGUGGGGCUGAAAAUCUCGCCGCCCUGCCUCCCACCUGCCAAGGGGCACUGGCCCUGUCCAGGGUGCUGCGGCGACUGCAGCAAGUAGAAGAAAAGGUUCUUCAGAAGAGGGCCCAGAACUUGGCUAACAGGGAAUUUCACAAAAAGAACAUUAAGGAGAAGGCAGCUCACCUGGCCUCCAUGUUUGGACACGGGGAUUUCCCACAGGAUAAACUCCUGUCUAAAUGUCUGCCUCACGCUCAUCCUCCAUCUCCUCCCUCUGGCCUUCCAUCUCCUGAUCCAGCUGUUCCUUCCUCUCCACCAGCUGCCGACUCUGUUUCUCCUGCCAGAAAGGUAGUCAUCCCGGAAUCACUGCCGCCUCCACCCCCUGCGUGUUCUGAGAUGUUCUCAGGCUCCAUUUGGCCGGCACAGCCAAACAUCUGGAGAUGGGCUUGGCUGGGAUUCUCCAGAAUGGGUGUUCCCCAGCCAAAGUCUGCUGAACUUAGUCUGCCGGCCUGGCUCCUGCUGAGGCCAGGGUGCAGGCUGGGUGUCCCAUCUGUAGGACUCCUGUUUGGCUCCUGGGUUGUUGAGCUGGUACGCAUCCAGCUUCAUGCUAUCGUCUUAGCAAAAGGUUCCAAGUUGCCCCUUGUUUUGGCAGUUGUGGCUGGGGAUAAUCUGGGAGCUCUUAGAAGUCACCAUGGCAUGAUGACUCAACCCUUCAGGGAAGCACUGCCUGGGCAUCUGCUGUGUGAGCUGAGUUCUGGGCCCAAGGUGGGGAAGUCCCACUGUUUUGACUCAAAGGGCCUGGCAGCCUGCAUCAUAUCUGUGACAGAGGAAGAGAGAUGGCUAAGAGGAGGAGUUACGACGGUUGGGAGUCCCCUGAUAUGGGUUCUGGGAACUAAACUCAGGUCCUCUGAAAGACUGACAGUAGGGAAAGUGUCCAGCGGAAUAGGGGCCGCGGCUGAAGUGCUGGUCAAUCUGUACUUGAAUGACCACAGACCUAAGACGCAGGCCACCUCUCCAGAUCUGGAAUCCGUGCGAAAGGCCUUUCCCCUGAGCCUGGGCGGCAGUGACACCUGCUACUUCUGUAAGAAGCGCGUGUUUGUGAUGGAGCGGCUGAGUGCUGAGGGUCACUUUUUCCACCGCGAAUGCUUCCGAUGCAGCGUCUGCACCACUACCCUGCGCCUGGCUGCCUAUGCCUUUGACUGCGAUGAAGGCAAAUUUUACUGCAAGCCCCAUUUCAUUCAUUGUAAAACCAACAGCAAACAACGGAAGAGACGGGCGGAGCUGAAGCAGCCAAGAGAGGAGGAAGGGACAUGGCAGGAGCAGGAAGCCCCUCGGAGGGACACUCCCACGGAGAGCUCUUGCGCAGUGGCGGCCAUCAGCACGCCAGAAGGCAGCCCUCCAGAUAAACCCACCUCCCCCAAGAAGCCAAAGAGUGUCCCUGAGCCCACACCCAGAGACAUGGACGCUGAAGUCACCUCUUCCCAACCCUCCGAAUGGACUUCAGUGAGGAUUGGUCCAGGAGAGGAUGCAGUCGGGCAGGAUGUGCUGGCUGUGCGUGUCCUGGUCACCAGUGAGGAUAGCAGCUCUGAUACAGACUCUGACUAUGGUGACAUCAGGGCCCCCUGUGCAAAGGCCUGCAAAGAGAGGCCCCAGCUUCCAGCAUCUCCACCUCCUUCAAAGCCCCCGACCCGGCACUUUUCCCUGCGGGAGCCCCUGACUAAAUCAGCCUCUCUGCUACACCACGAGGAGCCACUAGCUCUGCCUGUGCUGCAAAGGACCUACAGCCUCCAGUCUCCAACUCCAAGCAAAUACCAGAGCUGGGGAAGAAAAUUCCAGUCCUAUUCAAUACCCAUGACCAGAAGAGCACCACCGCCUCCCAAGGAGUCUCCUUCGCCUUCAUCUUUAUCUUCUUCAUCUUCCCUGCCAUCUUCCUUUUCUUCAAUUAGUGUACCUGAGCGCACUUCAGAUAUUUCCUCCUCUCCUCAGGUGCCAGCUUAUGACCUCCACUCCCUGCCUGUCUCCAGAGGUGAUUUUAGCCCCACUCCACUCUACCUGAGACGCGCCAGGGCUCAAGGGAUCUCGAAGGAAAUUCCUCUCUAUCUGCCUCAUAGCCCCGUGCUGGAGAGCACAGGCCUGGUGAGCCCUGGUGGAGAAGACCUCAGCAGCCCUGCCAAGAUGGCCUCAGAGGACUGCCAGGAAACCUGGGCUCCUCCUGGGAGCACCAAAAGCAUGCACCCCAUCACAGGGAAGGACCAGUGUUUGUCCAAUCAAAACCUAACUCUUGGGACUGCAAGGAACCCAAGAGAAGUGAGUGAGGGACCCAGGAGGGAACAGACAGGUGGCCCAGGGCUGUCUGCAGAAACGAAGUUGGGUUUGAAGAAAAUAACCCUCACACAGGAGCAGAAGAACAUGUUACUAGACUGGAAUGACCCCACCCCUGAGCACAGGGCUGGGGAGCAACUCUCCCAAGAAAGAGCUGAGAAUGGAAGAGGUCAUACCCUGAAACCAUUCUGCUCCUCUACCCUCCCCCAGGCAGUGAAAGAGAAGCUGCUAUCCCAGACAGGGGCCCAGGAGGAGAUAUGCACCCCAGCUGGCAAGUUGCCUCGGGAGCGAGAACAGACUCCACCCAAGUCUCCCCUGAAGUUCAUAGCAAAUGCCAUCCGAAAGUCUCUGCACCUCAAUUCUGAAGGUGGAAAGAAGACCAGCCCUAAGCCAGAGUCAAAAACAUUGCCUCAGGGCCAACCACAUGGCUUCACUCGCUCCUUUAGUUUUCGGAAACCCAGUUUCAAUAAAGAUGGGGACCAGCAGUCUCCAGUGAGACACAUGGCCAAGAAGGCUUCAGCCUUCUUCUCUCUGGCUUCUCCAACUUCUAAGGCUACCCCGGCCUCAGACCUUAGCCUUCCUGACCCUAUCCUCCGCUCCCGGAGUUUGCCCAGUCGUCCAUCCAAGACGUUCUCUGCAAUCACAUCCCCACCACCCCACAGCAAGAUUGAAGAUGUCCCUACCCUCCUGGAGAAAGUGAGUUUGCAGGAUGCCACCCAUGUUCCAAAGAAACGAGCCUCGCGUAUUUCCUCCCUUGGCCUAAAAGAUAAAUCCUUUGAGAGUUUUCUCCAGGAAUGCAAGCAAAGAAAAGACGUUGGGGAUUUCUUUAGCAGCCCCAAGGAGAAGGGGCCACCGGGGAACAGAGUCCCAUCCUUGGAGAGGCUGGUACAGCCUUUUGGCAGCACCUCGCUGAGGCAGGUGGCGCAUCUUUCUUCUACAGGGCAAGAUGCACGCCUUGAAACUCCAGUGACAGAGGCCACCUCUUCUCCCUCGUCUCCUACCUCCUCCUCUGCAGAGGAAGAUACUGGCUCCCAGUCUUCCUCACUGCUAAAGGAGAAGAUACCCAGAAGAAGAAGGAAGCUGGAGAAGCAGUUGGUUAAGCAAGAAGAACUGAAAAGACUCCAUAAGGCUCAGGCCAUCCAGAGGCAGCUAGAGGAGGUGGAGGAGCGGCAGAGGAUCUCGGAGAUCCAGGGUGUGAGGCUGGAGAAGGUGCUGAGAGGAGAAGCAGGUACCAUCAGCAGAUCUGGGAGUGGCACUGGCCUUGCAUGGUGGGCAGGACAAAGAGCACUCAUCACCUGCAGGGGACAGGUCAACACAGAUGUCACAGAGCCUGUGCUGGGCCAGGGAGGUAGCUCAGCUGCUAAAGUGGUGCAGCUGGCUGCCUGGAAGCCCACCUUGGGCUUCUCUCCUGUGGUGGAGUCUUGCAGUUUCUCCUUCACAAGGAUAGCAAAUACAAUGCACAUGCUGGAGGGUGCCAGCAGAGGGCAGCAGCACAUACAAUCUUGGAGGAAGACCGACUUAGUGACUCCUGCCUGUAAUCCUCUCAGGUGGCUGAGGCAAGAGGAUGAGACGUUCAAGGCCAACCUGGGCUACGUGGCACGCCACACUCACAUCUUUGUGGAUGAUCCGCUCAUGGUGGAUUCAGGGACACAGGACGAAGCCCAGCUUUUGCAGGAAUGGUUUAAGCUGGUUCUGGAGAAGAAUAAAUUAAUGCGCUAUGAGUCGGAGCUACUGAUCAUGGCCCAGGAGCUAGAACUAGAAGAUCACCAAAGGAGACUGGAGCAGAAGCUACGACAGAAGAUGCUCAAGGAUGAGGGCCAGAAAGAUGAGAAUGAUCAAAAGGAGGAGCAAGAAAUAUUCAAGCAGAUGAUUCAGGUGAUUGAGCAAAGAAACAAGCUUGUGGAUUCUCUGGAGGAACAGCGUGUCAAGGAAAGAACCCAAGACCAACACUUCGAAAACUUCGUUCUCUCCAGAGGUUGUCAACUCAGCAGGACUUAGGUGCCCCUCCCCCACUGAAGCCAGAGAACCAAGAGCACCACCCUUUCUCACCCAGGCACUGAAUUUAGGCCUCACCACUUAGAAAGGAAGAAAGAAAGAAAAUUAAAUGCCUCUCCUAUGA